AUGAGAAUCCUGGUGACAAAAACGGAGCUCGAAGAAAAGAUUAGAAAAAUGACGAACACCGAACGAGUGUUCUGGUACGCCGAGUGGUUUUUGCAAGAGCAAAAGAGAAAUAUUAUGAUCAACAAUGCUCGUGAAGUGUCGCUCGCCUCGGUCAGACUCCACCCACCGUACAUCCGACGUGUUGUCCAUCGCCCGCCAAUUCAAAAUCCGACGACUCGCCGCUACACAGUUGUCAAGUCAACACAAGGAGUCGUCAAACACAUCCCAACAGUAAACCUAUCCGAUUCCGAAUGA